UUCCCCUGUUACCUGAUUUUGAAAGUCAAUCGCCUCAGUCCACAGAAUUAAUUCAACAGAUUGCAGACUUGCUCUCCUCUCAGCUAGAUUUAGCCAGAACAGUGUGUUCUGAGACCCCUUUUGCUACUAUUCUUCUACAGAGACUGCUCAUUUUAGAAAGAAUUUAUUAUGCAUUUCGUCAUAAAUAUCACAACAAAGACAAAGUUAGAUCGUUGUCUGUCAUCCCUGAGGAGGACCGUUGUCGAGACUGCACCAUUGUCCAACUUGAAAGGGCCAGCUCAGCUCCAAAUGCAUUGUUAGAGAUGGGUGUUCGCACUGGCCUCACUCUUAUGUUUGCCCUAAUUCAACAGAGUUGGCAGUUCACCAUUCCUUCUGAGGGCCCAAAUCUUAGUCAUCAAGUACUUCAAACAGCAUCAGAUGUUGUGAGAAGUCUCCCUUUGCUCUCUCUAGCUAAUGAAAGCCAGAUCACAGUUCUGGGCUCAACCUGCCUGUCUGAGGUUACAUCUUUUCUUCGAAAAACAGUUUUACCCCAGUCUGGUGCUGACCCCAUUGGAAGGCGUUUGGCCUGCGAGUUGAUGCUUCAACUGGCAUGUCAAAGAGGUUCAUCCCGCCACUUAUUAGAAUGGGUGGAUCUUGUCUUAACAGCAGCAGCUGAUGAACUUCAAAACAAGACUUUGAGAGAAAGUGAUUAUAUUGCUAUACCAGAGAGUAUGGUUAAUG